AUGGGGGUUCGAUUUUGUACAGAAGGCAAUUUAAUUUUAAUUGUGAUUGAGGAUUCUGAAGACGAAAUUAGGUUGAAGCAGAAGAAGAAGCAGAAGCAGAAGGAGCAGCAGAAAAAAGAGAAAAAUAUAAAAGGAAGAAUAAAAGCAGCCAAGAAGAUCCAGGCCUGGUUGCGUGGAACCCUGGUACGCCAGACAUUGUUACACGCAGCCCUCAAGGCCUGGAUCAUUCAGUGCUGGUGGAGACUGACAAUGGACAGGCUGCGGCAGAAGCGGAGGGCAGCCCUGAUUUCCUACGCACACACAGAGAGGGAAGUGGUCAAGCUCCAGUCUUUGGUCCGUAUGUGGCACAUCCACUGGUGAUACUGCCAGGUGCUCAAUGCCAUCUACAUGAUCCAGUACCACUGGCAAGGCCACAACUGCCAGACCUGUGCUCUUCUCCAGGGCCACUGUGUAGUCACAGCCACUCACCUGUAGUUCCACAUUGAAAUCAUCAACCCCUAA